AUGUGGUUUUCUGGAAAGAAAUUUAGAAGAAUCCGCUGUGAAAAUAUUGAUAAAGUGCUAGCGGCUACCAACCCAAAUGAAGACAUAGUGCAAAUGUUGAAAGCAAAAGCCCCACUGGUCACGUACACCAUAAACGAUGGGAACAUACUCCACAUGGAACUGGAAAUAGAAGGGAAACGCCUGAGUCAUGUCUUCAAGUUAGGAGAGGAACAGGAAAUGCAGAAGAAAGAUGGCAGCAAAGUAAAGAUAACGUACAGCCUCGAAGGUGACAGCAUUUUACAUCAAGUUAUCAAAAUGGAUGAACGAACGGCGUACUUCAAGAGAGAAUUCAAAGAAAAUGGAGUUAUUAUGGUAAACGCAUUUAAUCAAUCUAUAUACAUAUUUAUAAAAGAAUGUUGUGUUAGUUACACCAUUUAUAACUCAAGAACCGCCGUAGGGUUAUUUUUGAAAAUUUGUGGUGAGAUAGCUUAG